AUGUCAGCUCUAAGGGCAGCCAAUAGGUUAUUUGUUUUACCUACGGUCGGAUUCACACUUGGUGUAUUCACUUUCAUAAAGGCGUGGCCCGAUGAAUCCAGUACGAUCUCUUUAAAGGAUCCUUCAAAUUCACCGUCCGUAGACAAGCUACUACACAGGAAGCAGCCAUUGGUUCUUCAACGCUCAGACGUUCUGAAUAAAAUAGCCAAGUCGACAUUAUAUCAAGAGCUGAUUUCAAACCCAUCGGUUGAACAUCUAGCACAGAGUGAGAAAAUCCCCUCUGGACACCGACCAUAUCAUGUAGGACAAGGACCAUUGUUCGGUCCCUCAAAAUUAGAAAUUGAUCCUCUGAUCUUUCAUAAUUUGAAGGAUGACACACUGGUUGUCUUUUAUCACCUGGGUUCGGGACUGAGUAACGAGAAAAACAAGAUUCAUAAAGGUGUUCUCUCUUUGCUUUUAGAUGAGGGUUUAUGCUACUGUGGGUUUCCCUUAUUACCAAGCAAAAGAGGUGUUACGGCCAAAUUAUCAAUCAAUUUUGAAAAGGAUGUUCCUGCAGACUCAACCAUAAUCCUUAGGGCAAAAGUUUCCAAGAGCAAAGGUAGAAAAUGCAUUAUUGACGGUUCAUUAGAAUCUGUCCCGUCAAAGGGCCUUCUAAACUACAUAACAGGUAGCGAACCUACAACUGGCGAGACAUUUGCGACAGCGAAAUGUAUCCUUGUAGAACCGAAAUGGUUCAAGUAUUUAAACUGGUUGCAUGUAUUUUGA